UUAGCCCAAUCAACAACCACUCCAUCUGGGCUUGAAACCAGCUGUGGAUGCAUGGAUCAUAUUGAAAGGGUUCUGCUAAAAGCUUAAAGCCUUUCCCAAAAUACAGAAUCUGAGGAUGACGUUGGACCGUAUCCCUUCAACCCAUGACUCAAAAAGACCUCCAAAAUUAAGCUCAAGUGCAGUCACAAAAUCUUCGAUUGACCAGCCAUACCCAUGGCUUCUGCGAUUUCUGCUCCCACAUAUUUGUAUUCAUCAUCAUUGAGAAAUAGAAAACCCACCCUCUACAGAGUCUCUACUACUGUAAUUCGAAGCCCCAAAACCACAAAUUUUCCUUCCUCUACAUGCCUUCCUCAACUGGGUUUUGGUCAUUUUUCACCAUGGAACGGUCUAAGGCACCUGGGUAUCUCAAUCUCAUCACAAUCCGUAAAAAUUGAAAGGAAAGUAAAAUGUAAAGGUAAGGGUGUGUUUGCGUCUCUAUUUGGAGUUGGGGCUCCUGAAGCUCUGGUGAUUGGAGUGGUUGCUUUGUUGGUUUUUGGUCCCAAAGGUCUUGCCGAGGUUGCUCGGAAUCUAGGGAAAACUUUGCGUGCAUUUCAACCUACAAUCAAAGAACUUCAGGAGGUUUCAAGGGAAUUCAAGAGUACACUUGAACGAGAGAUUGGUCUUGAUGACAUUCAAAGUUCAGUAGAAAAAUCAUUCAGCUCAACCACAACUAACACUACAUCGAGCCCUUCAUCGAUUGCAACCUCUGAAGAUUCUCGGAUAGAGGCCAACUCUACAGAUGGUUCCCCAUCCCCAAACAAAGCAUACUCGAGUGAAGAGUACUUAAAGAUCACAGAAGAGCAGCUGAAAGCAUCUGUUGCUCCGCAGCAGACAGAAACAGCCUCCAUUGGAGACAGCCAGACUGAACCUCAAAGUCAGUCGCAAGAUAUCAUUCAAGAAUCUGCUGCUGUGAUGCCUCUGUCUCCCACGAAGAAGACUGAGAGUGAGAUAUGAAACCUCAUUAGGAUUUUUUUUAGCCAAGAAGAUAAAAGUAGCUUAGAGUCUGGUUUCCUUCCAAAUGGUGAUUAUUGGCUUAUUGUCUGAGAUGUCUUCGAAAUGCCCAGUCUUAGAUUUGAACCUUAACGAGUUCAGGCUGUUUCCUGUAUCAAAUGUACCGUGUAACUUUUGUAUAAUUCAGAACCAAUGCAAGAGAGGAAUUCCCCAUUUUCGCUUACGACAUACAG